AUGAAUAAGAAACAUCAAUGCAAAUUUUGUGAAAAGAAGUUUGAAACAUUGGGCAGAUUAAAAGUGCAUUCUAGAAUACAUACUGGAGAGAAACCCUUUAAAUGUACUGUUUGUAAUGCACAGUUUGCUCAGUAUACCAAUUUAAAAACUCAUAGAACAAUUCAUUCUGAAGAGAAACCAUUCAUAUGUGAUGUAUGUGACAAAUCAUUUAAAACAAGAUCAACAUUGAGAGAUCAUUCAUACACCCAUCUUGAUAAGAAACCUCAUCAAUGUGACCAUUGUAGUAAAUCAUUUAAACGACCAAAAGAUCAUAAAGGACAGUCCUUUUCUUGUGAAAUCUGUGGCAGCUCCUAUACCAGGCCUAGUUCCUUGAAUAUCCAUAUGAGUGUACACACUGGAGAGAAACGCUUUACAUGUGAUUUGUGUGGGAUGUCUUUUAGGCUAUCUGAAACUUUGAAAAAACACAUGGUGACUCAUACAGGUGAGAAAGCAUUCCAAUGUGAUGUUUGUCAAAAGCGUUUUAGUCGUAAAGAAGCCUUAUUAAGACACUCAAGAAUGCAUUCUGGAACUAAACCAUUUGAAUGUGAAGUUUGUCAUAAAUCAUUUUUUAGAAAAGAUAAAGGUCUGAUGGAGUGUGAAUUUUGUGGGAAAGGAUUUGUGAAAGCAUCACACCUUAAAACACAUCGAAGAAUUCACACUGGAGAGAAACCUUUUGAUUGUGAUCUAUGUGAUAAAUCCUUUUCUCAACCUGACAAUCUGAGAAAACACAAACAAUUACAUUCAGGGGAGAGACCUUUUAAGUGUGAAAUCUGUUCAAGAUCAUUUUCAACCAAAGCUACUUGCAGAGAACAUUUGUUAACACAUACUGGAGUCAAACCUCAUAAAUGUGAUGUCUGCAGUAAAUCAUUUAAACGUCCACAUCAAUUACUGUUACAUUUGAAACGUCAUACAGGCGAAACUUCCUUCACUUGUGAUAUCUGUGGUAAAACUUUCUACUCUAAACCAGGCCUGAGUAAUCAUAUUAAAGAUCAUGCAGGUAAAACUUAUAAAUGUGAAGUGUGUGGUCAUCUAUUUUCACGACCUAGCUCUCUCAGUGGACAUAUGAACGUUCAUACUGGAGAGAAACCAUUUAUUUGUGAUUUAUGUGGAAAAUCAUUUAGAUUGAGUCAAACAUUAAAGAAACACAUGGUGACACAUUCUGACUUAAAACCGUUUCAGUGUGAAGUUUGUUUACAAUGGUUCAGUCGAAAAGAAGCUCUCAGUAGACAUCGAAAGGUUCAUACUGGAGAGAAGCCAUAUAAAUGUGAAGUUUGUGGAAACUCUUUUCCCAGAAAAGAUACUUUAACUAGUCAUAUGGCAGUUCACAGAAAAUAA